UCAACGAGUUUGUAUACAAGAAGAAAAGAAUUUUAAAAUAAUAGGAGUUCGAGAAAGAAGACAAAAUUAGUAAGGAAAGGGGAGAGUAGGCGUGUCGCCGUCGCCGACGUCUCGCGGCCUCAUCCUUCCUCCUCCACCGUCUUCUUCUCCUUCUCCUUGAAAUCCCCGCGGAAUCCCAAGAACCCGAGCGAUCCAACCCCACCUCCGUUCCCUUCUCUCCGUCUCUAAACCCGACGGAUCUUGGGAAGGAAUCCCAAAUCGAGAGAAUCUGAGAGGAUAUUCAACAAUCCAAGAAAAGCCCUCCGGUGCGGGGUCCGUCCGGCCAUGGACACGGAGCCGCUGCUCCCGACCUCCGCGCCGCACCUCCUCCACCCGCUGCCGGAGCACUCGCCGGUAUCCAACUUCGACGCUCCCCCCAACUCGCCCUGCCCAUCCCCGGCUUCCUCCUACAAGGACCGCCUCAUCUUCGGGCCCCACCACCCUCCGCCGCCGCCGCCUCCCCCUCCCCCUCCCCCUCCGCCGCCGCGGCCGCACUACCGGAGCAUCUCCUUCGGCCAGCACGACCCGUUCCGUGACUUUGACCUCCCCUCCUGUUCCUCCUCCCCGUCCCCUCCCUCCGACGAUGAGAGCCACGCCCAGCCGCCGCCCACGCCGUCGCUCUUCGCCUUCCUCGGCGGUCGCACCAACCUCCACCGCUCCCGCACCGCGCCCGCCAUGGCUCCGCUCAGCGCCGCGGUCCUCGCCGCCUCCGCCGAGGCCGACCACCAGAACCCGCCGCCGCCGCCGCGGAGGCCGGCCAUCGUGCUGCACGCGUUCCUCUUCCUCCUCGCCUACCUCGCCCUGGGCGUCACCUUCUACGCCGCCGCUCCGGCCAACUUCACGUCCUCCGCCGGGCCUACCCACCCCGUCGUCGACGCGCUCUACUUCUGCAUCGUCACGCUCUGCACCAUCGGCUACGGUGACAUUACCCCGGCCAGCCCUGCGGCCAAGCUCUUCGCUAUCUCAUUCGUCCUCAUCGGCUUUGGCUUUGUCGACAUCCUCCUCUCCGGCAUGGUCUCCUAUGUGCUCGACCUCCAGGAACACCUCCUCAUCACAGCCAUCAAGAACCCUCGCUCCGCACGCAAGCACCGGCACAACUACAUCUUCGACAUCAAAAAGGGCCGGAUGCGUGUGCGCAUGAAGGUGGCCCUUGCGCUUGGCGUGGUGGCCAUAUGCGUGGGCGUAGGGGCCACUGUGCUCAGGAAGGUGGAGAACAUGGGGUGGCUCGAUGCCGUGUACCUUGCAGUGAUGUCUGUGACCACCGUCGGGUAUGGGGAUCACGCGUUCCGGACAUUGGCUGGGCGCCUUUUUGCGUCCGCCUGGCUUCUUGUGUCCACACUAGCCGUGGCUCGGGCAUUCCUCUACUUGGCGGAGAUGAGGAUUGACAAGAGACACCGUGCAAUGGCCAACUGGGUGCUGUCCAGAGACAUGACAGUGUCAGAGUUUCUUGCUGCAGAUAUCGACAACAAUGGCUAUGUCACGAAAUCGGAAUUUGUUAUUUACAAGCUCAAGGAGAUGGGCAAGAUUUCAGAGAAAGAUAUCAAGAUGAUCUGCGAACAAUUUCAGAGGCUGGAUUCUGGGAACUGCGGAAAGAUUACUCUUUCAGAUCUUCUGCAGAGUCAUCACCUUGUUGCUGAUCCUAGGGACAAGAAAAAGGGGAAGAAAUCAUAAUAGACCGUGUAAGACGCGGAGAUAUAUCAUAGAGUAGUAUGAAUUUUGGGAUUGUAAAUUAUGCAAAACUAGGCAAGAUUGUAGCUAGGAAACCUGCAGCGAAUGCGAAAAGCCAGAACAGGUCGAGUGUAGGAUAGCUCCCCACAAGUUCCAAUCAGUUGAAAAUGAUUCUGCCCCAGAGAGGGUACGAAGAUCAUUUGGAAGCUGUAAAUGCAAACAAUUAUUGAGAUUCGUUGGAAAUAUGUGGUGGGUAUUAGGUGAUCUCUC